AGAUCAUUUGGGCUGUAAAUGGCAUUAUGCUUCUUCAAAUCAACUGGGUAAUAAGAUGCUCUGCAAAUAAAUAUUCAGAUCAUCCUUGGAUGAGAGAAGAUGGGGAUGCAUCUGAUAAGCCACUUGAUAUUGCUGUUCUAUCCAGAAUGAAACAAUUCCAGGCAAUGAACAAGCUAAAGAAAGUAGCUUUGAAGGUAAUUGCAGAAAACCUCUCCGAAGAAGAAAUCAUUGGUUUAAGGAAAUGUUCAAAUCCAUGGACACAGAUAACAGUGGAACAAUAACUUUUGAUGAAUUAAAAGCUGGUCUCCACAAACUGGGUAGUAAACUUUCUGAGCCUGAAAUAAGGCAGUUGAUGGAAGCGGCUGAUGUAGAUGGAAAUGGAGCCAUUGAUUAUAUUGAGUUUAUAUCGGCUACCAUGCACAUGAAUCGAGUGGAAAGAGAGGACCACCUAUACAAAGCCUUUGAAUAUUUUGACAAGGAUAAGAGCGGGUAUAUCACCAAGGAAGAGUUGGAAUCUGCCCUUAGGAAGUAUAAUAUGGGUGAUGAGAAAACUAUAAAGGAGAUAAUUGCUGAAGUUGACUCAGACAAUGAUGGAAAAAUUAACUACGAAGAGUUCGUAGCCAUGAUGAGGAGAGGCAACCCGGACUUCGCAAACAACAGACAUCGUUAAUAAACUCAGCUGGAAUUGCCUGUCUUCACGCAGAUUCAAUACGGUAUUAAUCUGAACACUCGCGCGCCAUAUAGCUUGUGGUUCUUCUUCUGGGACCAUUUUAUUCAUAUCUAUUAUGUGCUCACCUUCACGGUGGCUGAGUAAACGAUGAUUGUGUGUAAAUUUGAGAAAUAGAUAAAAUUCUUCUUUCUGCAGCUUAAAGAGUGAGCAAAAGAUUACGUCUUCAAGUCUGUCUUCUUGUAAUUACAUUUUGGUUAUUUGUUCACUAACCAACCAUCACUCAGGAUGCUACGCAAAUACAGCUCUGUAGAUACUCUGUUUUCUCGAUAUUGGUUCUUUGGUUAUUAGAUUUA